AUGAAACUUAAAUUGCUUGGGACAUUUCUUGUAUUAAGCUUGGCAAAAUUCGGAACGGUUUAUACAGACUCUAAUUAUACCGAAGCGAAAUCAUGUGUAAAAUGUGAUAACAAUUGUAACGAUGACGACGAUCUCUCGCUCUGCAUUCGGAUUUGUUGCCCUCGUAAAAAUACUUUGGCCAAUGGCGGCUGUAAUUUUGAGGAGCAACUUUUCCGAACAAAACUUAAUUUAAGCAUAAAACUCGAUGACAAUUCAACAGAGGCCCUAUAUUUCAACAACCAAACCCUGCUUACAACGCCGUUUUGGGAUAUAGAUGAAAUGAUCGGUCUGAGCAGAGAUGAGUACACGUUGUACAAGAACGGAACCAUAUAUAUUCACUCCGACAAGAGGCUCAAGACCAAAGAGGAAUACUGUUUCUAUCCCCAUCAGAUUUAUUCGGACUUCCCAGAAACCAUAUGGAUUGUUUUACACGAGUGGUCAUCGAUAGUGAUACCAGGAGCUUACGUGCUCACAUCAGCUUCGCUUAUAUGCUAUAUCAUCACGAUCGGCAUUUAUCUUUUCGUAAAAGAACUACGAAAUGUCUUUGGAAUGUGCAUAAUUAGUUGCAUAUUCAGCAUAUUUAAUAUGUACCUUAUUUGGCUUAUAGAUAAAUUAAGAUGGAUUGAUGACAUUUGCUCACUGGCAGGUUAUAUUUGGUACUUUUUUGAUGUUGCCGCUUUUGUUUGGUUCUCCGUAACUAGCUUUUGUUUAUGGAAGAAAAUCACAUCGGUCAAGCGCCAAGAACAUCGCCAUCAGUUUCUGUUUUGCAGUAUCUUUGUCUGGGGCAUAUCUGCUAUCCCAGGCGGUAUCAUCUUAAUAAUAAAUCAACUUUGGGAAGAGGAUCUCCAGAAAUGGAACUGGUUGCCCUUAGUAGGCUUCAGUAGAUGCACGGUGGAGGUUUAUAGGUGGUCUUCGUGGACUUAUUAUCGGGGACCUUUUAUCAUCCUUAGUGCGAUUAAUAUUAUUAUGUUUGUUCUGACUAUCAAACACAUUACAAAAACGAAAAGAGAAAUCAAUAACUUAACAAAACGACAAAAUGGGACCACACGUUGCCUUACCGUCGAUUUUCAAAAGGCCAUAUCGAAUCUGCGGAUCUUCGCCAUUAUGGGCGGAUCUUGGAUACUGUUCCUUGUUUCAAUGCAACAAUUUAAUAAAAACGUAUGGAAAAUUGUCGUCGUACUAAUUCAAUGGUUCCAUUUUGGUUUUGGUAUCGUCAUAUGUGUGUUGCUUAUUUUUAAGCGCAGCACCUAUCGCCUGCUCUUUAAUAAGUAA